UGUUGUGCGAAAGGUGAAGCGUUGUUGAAUGUACAGCCGGACAGGCCGAAUAUCUUCGAAUAACGUCGGGGCACAAAGGCAUCGUCCAGGAUUGAAACGGUGAGGUAAACAUAACAUUAAAUUUCCGCAUAGCAAGGUUCCGCAAACUGCAGAGGAUAUUGAACCUGGUAAGCAAUUACCCAAAAUGAGCUUUGACGAACAAUGGAUACUCCCGAGUAUUUGGAUUUGGAUGCAAUAGAUUUUAGUGAUGAUGUUACUUUUGGAAGCUCUUCAGCAAAAGCCCUUCCUGAACUAUACAAGAGAUCUGAUAUGCAAAAUGAAGGCCGAAUAGUUUCUAGUUCAAACUGGCCUUCCGGAGGUACAUCAUCAGUUAGCAGUGGAAUAAAAGCCAAAGGCAUCACAGAUGUGUACAGCAAAUUCAGACCUGUGAAAAGAGUUUCACCUCUGAAGCACCAACCGGAAAACUCUGAAAAUGAUAGAGAUACUGAACAACAUGAACUCAAAGAUGACUACAAAAAGCAAGAUGAUGCUGAAAAUCCAAGUGAGCGUACUACCUUGUGUCACAACAAUGGACAGUGCUUCAAGAUCAAAGACACUGGCACCAGUAUUUUGCUUGGUGAACUUGAGCACUAUGAUUUGGAUAUGGAUGAAAUUUUGGAUGUGCCUUAUAUUAAAUUGAACCACUUUCCUUCCCAGAGGUGUAGCCCUUUCACAAAGGUUGCCUCAGAGAAUCGGCCAGGCGUGGAAAUGAGAGAUGAUGGCACCAGGAUCUGUUCAGCAGUGAAGCAUGAGAACUCACCAGCCAACUUGACACAGUUUUGUAUUCUGUCACCAGUAAAUAGCUUGGAGUUGCGGAAAGCAAAAGCAGUUGUCACAAACCAUCAUAGACAUGUAACGGGUAGCUUAGAGAGCUCCCAAUCAUCAGAUGGCUGCGAUGCAGUACACAAUGCUGAAGCUGAGGGUAAAGACUUGACCAGCAGAACUUCAAGUUUGUUUGUUAAUUCACAUGGACACAAUGUUGGUGGUACCGUGCCAAACUCUCGACCAAGGACAUUGUCUCUGCAAACCCCAAUGGAGAGCAAACUAGAAGAAGGAAACAGUAAUAAAAAUGGGAUCAGUAUGGGAAGACCUGGAGAAACAAGUGAGGAAGCAAAAAACAUUAAAAGUAUUUUAAAUAUAGUCAGAGAAGGACAGAUUUCUUUGCUGCCACAUUUAACUGUUGACAAUCUGGAGAAGAUUCACGAUGAAAAAGGAAAUAAUCUACUACACAUUGCAGCGUCACAAGGACACCUUGAGUGUUUACAGCAUCUGACUACUUUAAUGGCAGAGGAAUGCUUGACGGAGCGUAAUAAUGAGAAACUUACCCCAUCUUCAUUAGCUGUAAAGGAAGGGCAACUUGAGUGCCUGCGUUGGCUGAUGAGUGAGACUGAAGCCAUUGCUGAGCUGAGCCCUUCUGAUGGUUACCCUGCCCUUAUACAUUAUGCUGCAUGCUAUGGACAGGAAAAAGUUCUAUUGUGGCUUCUACAAUAUAUGCAGGAACAAGGAAUAUCUUUAGAUGAGGUUGAUCAGUACGGAAACACUGCAGCUCAUGUAGCUACCCAACAUGGUCAUCUGAGUUGUCUUCAGACCUUAGUCGAAUAUGGAGCAAAUGUGACAAUACAGAACCAAGAUGGAGAGAAGCCUUCCCAGAGUGCAGAGAGGCAUGGACACACCACUUGUUCACGUUACCUGGUGGUUGUGGAAACCUGCAUGUCUCUAGCAUCACAGGUGGUGAAGUUAACAAAACAACUAAAGGAGCAAACAGCAGAGCAGGUCAACUUGCAAAACCAACUUCAGCAUUUCCUGCAAGACCAGAUGACAGAAGGAUCAGAACCUCAAUCUUCUAGUUCCUUUAUACCAUCUGAAAAUGGUAAGAAGAAAACUCAGACAUCCUGUGAGCAAAAGAUGACUGGGAUAAGUGCAAAUGGGAGUGCUACUACUUGCAACACUGAAACCAAACCAAAGACUACCAAAAAAGGGUUGCUGAAACAAAAAGGUGAAGAAGCAGACAAAAUUCUUCGCCAACUCUUGGGAGAAGAGAUUUCUGGAAAUGUGUGCACACAAGAAAAACUUUCUUUGGAAUUUCAAGAUGGGCAGGAGGCAAGUGUUGUAACAGGGUCUGCAAAGAAAGUCCUCAGAGACAAAAGGGAACUGAAACUGACCAGACUGAGAUAUUCUCAGAGAUCCUCUAGUGAGUCAGACACUGACUCAUAUAUCAGUGAAGAUCAGAAGAACUCUCCCAUUAAAAGAGCUGACAAGCCACGACCAGAGCCCAUUGUUGAAAAAGAGGAGUACACUGCAAAAGUACAUUUCAUGAUUAAAAAGCAUGCCUCAGCAGUGGGGAGAAUGUUUCCUUUUUCCCUUAAAGCCUCUGGUACAUCAGAGGAACGGAGCCAUUCUCCUACUGCUGAAAGCAAUGAUAAAGUUCCUGACUGUCAGCAUCAGAUAAAAAGUCCAGUCAGGACCCAAUCUAUUGAGGAACCUUUUCUGCCUUGUGCUGACAAUACUACCACACAAAAAACUACAAACAGUCCUAAAAGUGCUCUUAAGUCACCAUCUUCAAAAAGUAGAACUUCUCAGAAUUUAAAACUGAGAGUGACUUUUGAGGAGCCUGUUGUGGAAAUUGAACAAACAAUUUGUGAAUUAGAUAACAGGAAGGGCACAGAAAGUGAAGGAACGUUACCAAAGUCUCCAGCUAGUUUAGAAAUGGGUGAACCAUUGAACAGAUAUGUUGGACAGUUUCGAUCACCAGUGGAAUCUAUAAACAGUAACCAGAACAACAAUAACUCACAAGCUAUCCAUUUAACCAUGACAUCCACCCCCAACUUACCACUGAAUUCCACAGGAAGGAAACCUGGAGGUUCAAAAGCAAGUUUUGUAACUCCCACAAAAGUUAAUACCAAGACAAUGAAUGUGGUAAAAUCUACUAAGCAAUAAUACCAAGAGAGAGGGUGGGAUUUUCCGGCCCUGCCCAUCACUGGGAUAGUCUGGUCCCGCUGAAAGUGAAUGGACUUUUGUUUGGGCCACUGAAUCUCCCGCUAUGGCUUCCGCCAUGACGGAGCUGGGAAAUCCUGGCCAGUGAGUUUGAUAAAUCUACUAAGCAAUCCAUUUUUUAGUUUUUUGACACAUACUAAAAAUCUAACCUAACAUUUUAAAAAUACAGAAUAGUACCAAAUUUAAUUAUAUGUACAUUUGUAUAGAAGAAACUUAGCUGAAUAAAUUUUAAAAUAUUUUUGACUGUUCUUUCUACAUGUUUUU